AUGUCUGUCCGGGGAUACUUUGAGGCUUUUUCCAAAUGCACAGUUCUUGUCUCUCUGAGGAUUUUGCUUCUUAUGCCUGCAGGGUUGCCGGUCCACAGCCAAGGAGACUCUCAGUCUGAUAACAGAGUGAUGGACAAUAUCACCGUCCGACAAGGAGAGACAGUCCUUCUCAGGUGUACACAGGGGGACGUGGUCACACACACGGCAUGGUUAAACCGGUCAAGCAUACUGUACGCCGGAGAAGAAAAAUGGUCGGUGGAUUCCAGAGUGAGUCUGGUGACCCUUAAUCAAGAGGAGUUUACCAUCAAGAUUGAAAACGUGGACAUGACAGAUGAGGGCCAGUACGUGUGCGCAGUCCAGACCAGCAGUCGACCGAGAACCACUGUGGUGCACAUCCUCGUCCAAGUACCGCCAAAAAUCAUCAACCUGUCAAGAGAUAUUGUGGUAAACGAAGGCUCCAAUGUCACCCUGAUGUGCCAAGCCAACGGUAAACCAGAGCCUUCCAUCAGCUGGAGACUCAUCUCCCCUUCAGGGGACCUGGCAUCAGAUGAUGAGUACCUGGAAAUCCCAUCUAUCUCCAGACAGAGAGCAGGGACUUACGAAUGCACAGCUGUCAACGAUAUCGACACAGAUGUCCAGACCAUAGACAUCAUCGUCAACUAUGCUCCAACUGUGUCAGAGGGCAGAGAUGUUGGUGUGACUCUGGGUCAAAGAGGAGAGCUGGAGUGUGAGGCUGAUGCAGUGCCUGAGGCGGACUUUGAGUGGUAUAAAGAUGACAGAAGGAUCUUCAAUGGUUUCGAUGGCAUGGAGAUCAUGAAUAUGGGCUCUCUGUCCAAACUGACAUUUUUUAACGUGUCUGACGGAGAUUAUGGCAACUACACCUGCGUCGCCAUCAACAAACUGGGGAGCUCAAACACAAGCUUCCUCCUGUAUGUGGUAAUCGAGCCCACUAGCUCAACGCUAUUGCAAGGACCUCGAGCAGUUCAGGACGGCAGCGGCGGCGCGAUGGGAGUGCACUCACACACCUGUCUCCUCCUCCUAGUGUUUCUGCCAUUUCUGCUCCGAUUUUGA